AAUGUAACCAACCACAGUGCUACGUUGUUUGGUUGUGCGGAGUUCUAAUCACAACGAACGUAAGCGUUGUUUGUAGGAAGAAGAAGCCGAUUCUGGAAGCCAUUACGUUGCGCAGAUCAAUUGAGUAAAUCGUACUAUUUUACGUACAAUACGCACAAUUAUUUAAAAGAAACAGCAAUUUAUGCAUCGAAUGGCAAAAAGAGAAAAAAUAUUUUUUCUUAGAGAGAGGUCGAAAUUAUUGUGGAGGAAAUUGAGAAACAAAAGCACAUACUCGUUCACACUCACAUAGCAAAGAAUAACGCGUGGAUAGAAAUCCUGAAGAAGGUGAACGCUGUAACAACCUGCCCAAGAGAAUUGGCCGAGGUCAAGAAGAAGUGGUCGGAUAUGAAGACCGAGGUGAGGCGCAAAGUGGCACAGGCGAGGGCGGCAAUUGAGGACACCACUACCGACUGCACUUCGGUUCCCGUUAUCCUCACUGCUAUGCAGCAGCGUAUUUGUAACCUUUUGGGAGAGGCGACUAUCAUCAGUUUACCUGCUGGAGACCCAAAUGCUGAGAUAACUUUACCUGUUACUAUGAGCUCAGUCACCACCGUGACAUUCACGGAAAGCCUUCAGACAGCUUCAGCAUCAUGCGAGGAGACGAAAUCCCUAGAUGUUGAGACCACGUACCACACUCUGGAGGAAGGCGGCAUGGUGAAGUACUGCAUCACCACCGAGGCCACACCCACCGUGGUUACCGCCAGAACCAAUUACUUCAGAUGAUCCGUAGGCCUGCCUCUACUGGGCAGAUGGUUCAGAUGAUGAGGCCGGCUCUCAAAGACCUGAGGAAGUUCCUGCAGAGCGGGACUGACAACUCCAACAACUCGGGGACUCUUGCAGAGGGCUCGCAAUAGAGGCCCAAGAUCCCGUUGCCACAGCCAGCCGAGGAUGAACAAUAAAGUGUGUGUGAGAGAGAGAGUGUGUGUGUGUAUGAAAUGUGUUUGUGAGCUUGCUCAUGCUUGUAUGAAAUAUGAGAACUUAGAGAGAAAGAUAACUGUAAUGAGUUCCCUCAGAAUGAGCAUGCACAGAGGUUUAGUGUUAUAGUUCUAGAUAGAAAUAAGUUGCAUUAUGGAUUUGUAUAAUUGACCAUAGCCAUACUUACUAAAAAGAGUAUAUAAAAUCUUCAAAAACAUAUUCUUCUUAGAAGAGCUACAUUGACCCAGGCAGGGCUGUUUUUAGGUGAGAUAAUGGAGGUAAAGUGCAGUAAUCUGUGAGCUGCUCUGACAGUUGGUGCUUAAAGCUAGUGAGGGAGAUAAGUGUUUCCAGAUU